AUGAGCAUAUCCCCUGGCAAUCAUCACCGACGGCGCAGCUCCGUCCUCACGGGCGCUGGUCCGGCCCAACCACCUCCCGUCGAGCAAAGAGAGGAUAAUGGUCAUAAACGUGAGGAGCAAAAGUCGUCUCCAGCUGAGGAUGCAGAUGUCUCCGACCUCUCUUCCAUUGCGGAGAGCGAGGAAGCCCAUUAUCAGAGCUCCGACGAUGACUACCCCGACGAUGAGGAAACUGGGCUCACCGCAAAUCAGAGGCGUCAACGGCGCCGACGACGAAAGCAACGGAGGCAGUUGGAUGCCCGCAUUGCAGGUGUAAAGGCGUCUCGUGAUGACUCGUUUAAUAUCAGCUCAGCAGAUCGGACUGUUAUGAGCAAGCUGCUUGUUAAUGUUGGGCUGAUCUUGUUAUGGUACUUCUUCUCGCUCGCCAUAUCCAUUUACAAUAAAUGGAUGUUUUCUCGAGAUGACAACGACAAUGAAGUCUUUCCAUUUCCUCUCUUCACCACCAGCUUGCAUAUGCUCGUCCAAUUCUUGCUUUCUUGUCUUAUCCUUUUCUUCAUCCCCUCACUACGGCCCCGACCCGCACCCUCAACGUCCCGAUCGCCAGAUUCGUCUGAACCAAAAUCGAUAAUCACCAAGUUUUUCUAUUUCACACGAUUAGUACCAUGUGGUACAGCGACUUCCCUAGAUAUCGGGCUGGGCAAUAUGUCACUAAAGUUCAUCACCCUUACUUUCUUGACAAUGUGCAAAUCCUCUGCGCUUGCAUUCGUCCUCCUAUUCGCAUUUGUCUUCGGUUUGGAGACACCUUCCCUCAAAUUAAUUGCCAUCAUCGCCACGAUGACUAUUGGAGUGGUCAUGAUGGUAGCUGGAGAAACAGCUUUCAACGCUGUAGGCUUCAUCUUGAUCAUAGCCUCAGCUUUCUUUUCCGGUUUCCGAUGGGGACUGACACAGAUUCUCCUUUUACGACACCCGGCUACAGCCAAUCCGUUUUCAACCCUUUUCUUCCUCACCCCAGUCAUGUUCGUUUCUCUUAUUUUUAUCGCCUUGGCCGUUGAAGGCCCUACCGAAAUCGUCACCGGCCUGCGGGCCCUGGCAGAUGCCCACGGGAUGGGACCAGGACUAGCACUUCUGAUCUUCCCAGGUGUGCUAGCAUUCUGCAUGAUCUCGUCCGAGUUUGCGCUACUCCAGCGAUCGUCAGUCGUGACCUUGAGUAUCUGCGGCAUAUUCAAGGAAGUCGUCACGAUCACUGCGGCGGGCGUUAUUUUCCACGACAAGCUGACUGUCGUCAACGUCACGGGCCUCGUCGUCACCAUUGGCAGUAUUGCUACCUACAACUACAUGAAGAUAUCAAAGAUGCGGGCGGAAGCUCAAAACAACAAUUGGGAUUCUCACCCGAACUCGGAUUCGGAGUACGGCUCUGUUCCUGGCAGACGCGGCGAUUAUCAGCGAGUUGCGAACCAAGAAACAUCCGAGCUCCAUACCGAGGAUUUCCAUAUGAACGAUGACAUUGGGGCUAACAACCCCAAUCCCCCUCAAGACCCAAACGCUGGGCGCGCCUUUCCUUCUUUGACAACAGGCCCUAGUCACAACACCCAUGGGCUCACGAUAAACACUGGAUACCUAAGCGACCAUGGCCGUAGCGCGACUCAUUCGCCUUUAGCCCCCGGUCCAUCACCCUUGAAGUCGGCUCCACCAAUUAUAGUUUCCAUGGAAGGAGAGAUACUAAAGCACGAACAUCUGGGUCAAGGUGGAGAUGAAAACCUUCCAUCUUCGGGAAGGGGCUCUCCAGCUCACAGCCAGUGA